UAACCAAGAGAUGAAGAGAGUAAAGAAAGCUCAGGAAGGAGUUUCAUGCACCAGACAUGGAGCCAUGAGGGCACUGUGCUGCUGCUUGGGAAGGGGCAGCUGUCAUUCAGCUAUAGCUCCACUUCAGAUAUUUUUCUAAGGAAGAAAAAACUCACUGGAAGAAGAAGAAACAGCCCAACCUGAGUUCUCCUCUGAGCAGUGAUAAGUUGGGAUGCCUCUGUUCAGGCAUGAUAAUGAGUCACUUCCGUUGGUCAAGGCAGUAGCAGAAUCCUAUGAUAGCCAGGUGGGAGAAGGGGAGCAAAGACAUUCUACCUGCCUGGAAGAAGACACCUUCUGACCUGCCGAGUGAGUGACCAGGUGGUCCCUAGAGCUGACAAUGGAUGCCAUUCACAUGGGUAUGUCCAGUGCCUCGCUGGUGAAGCAUACAGCUGGGGCUGGACUCAAAGCCAACAGACCCCGGGUCAUGUCCAAGAGUGGACACAGCAAUGUGAGAAUCGAUAAGGUGGAUGGCAUAUAUUUACUCUACCUCCAAGACUUAUGGACCACAGUCAUCGACAUGAAAUGGAGAUACAAACUCACCUUGUUUGCUGCCACAUUUGUGAUGACCUGGUUCCUUUUUGGGGUGAUAUACUAUGCCAUUGCAUUUAUUCAUGGAGACUUGGAACCAAGUGAGGUUAUUUCCAAUCACACUCCCUGCAUCAUGAAAGUGGACUCUCUCACGGGAGCCUUUCUUUUCUCUCUGGAAUCGCAGACAACGAUUGGCUAUGGGGUCCGCUCCAUCACAGAGGAAUGUCCUCAUGCCAUUUUCCUGUUGGUAGCUCAGCUGGUCAUUACAACCUUGAUCGAAAUCUUCAUCACGGGCACCUUUCUGGCCAAAAUUGCAAGACCUAAAAAGCGUGCUGAGACCAUCAAGUUCAGCCACUGUGCAGUCAUCACCAAGCAGAAUGGGAAGCUGUGCUUGGUGAUCCAGGUGGCCAACAUGAGGAAGAGUCUCCUGAUCCAGUGCCAACUCUCAGGGAAGCUCCUCCAGACCCACGUCACCAAGGAGGGGGAGCGCAUCCUCCUCAACCAGGCCACUGUCAAAUUCCACGUUGACUCCUCUUCUGAGAGCCCCUUUCUCAUUUUGCCCAUGACCUUCUACCAUGUACUAGAUGAGACGAGCCCCCUGCGUGACCUCACACCCCAAAAUCUGAAGGAGAAGGACUUUGAACUUGUGGUUCUCCUUAACGCCACUGUGGAAUCCACCAGUGCUGUCUGCCAGAGCCGAACAUCUUAUAUCCCAGAGGAAAUCUAUUGGGGUUUUGAGUUUGUGCCCGUGGUUUCUCUCUCCAAAAAUGGAAAGUAUGUGGCUGAUUUUAGUCAGUUUGAACAGAUU